UUUGAUCAGUUCGAUAUUGCGGUUCAUACUUCCAAACAGUGCUGAGGAAAUCCUUGCAAGGGUUGAUUUGGUAUAUCUGCGAUCAGUACCGCUGGAUUGUAGGGAAGUUCUGAGCUGCUGAAUGAACGUUGUUACAGUUCUGGAAUAAAUCACAACAUUGAAACUAAUUCAUAUUUCCUGGUGAGUCAGUUGAUUGGUCCGUUAAUUGUUAUCCGGCCAGUCUUGUCUUAAUUUGGUGGGAGACCGACGGAAUGGACGUAGAAGAUGAGAUUUCCUUGCGUUCAAGUGAACAGUUUUUCGGGGCAACAAAAAUAAGUGUUAAACGCAAUCGGAGGCCCAUCUUGUUUGUAUUGUUGGCAGUAUGGAUUGUACUAGUAACAUCAAGUACACAGGCGCGUACUUACACUAUUGAGGAACUGCUGAACCAAACAUUUCCACACAAAGUAUCUAACGACAUCUACCUUGAUCCCUGUAAAUCAGACGAGUUUGUGGAAGACAUAGCACUUGGAAGACCAGAGAAUGACGUAUACGACCAACAGAAACUACAGCAGACACUUGAAGAAAGCCGAACUAAUGAUACUAUAGCUGGUGUUGCUGACUCGGCGAAACGUCCGAUCCCUGCACUUCCUCGGGAGUCCUGCCGAACUGUUAGAAGACACAGCGUUAGUAGUAGCCGUCGAGAACGAAACGGCCGUUUCCGAAAACGCCGAAGAAAUAGCCGCAAGUUUUCGCGAGUUAGACACUGCCUAAGGAACCGCCAUCGAUCUGAAAGAGCAGCCACAGCCCGAAUAAAGCGAUUGUGGGAUUAUGCUGUUAUUCCUUAUGAAAUAGAGUCCAACUUUAGUGGUGACCACAGAGCUUUAUUUAAACAGGCUAUGCAACACUGGGAGAACCACACUUGUAUCAAGUUUGUGGAAAAAGAACCAGAACAUGUAAACUACAUUGUCUUUACGGAGAGACCGUGUGGGUGUUGUUCUUUUGUUGGGAAGCGAGGUAAUGGACCCCAGGCCAUCUCUAUUGGAAAGAACUGUGACAAGUUCGGAAUCAUCGUGCAUGAACUUGGUCACGUGGUCGGGUUCUGGCACGAGCACACCAGACCUGAUCGAGAUCAGCAUGUUGUCAUCAUCACGGAAAAUAUUAUGAACGGUGAGUCACAGGUUAGUCUUCCCACGUAACUUAAUUCGGUUUGGUUUCAGGUUUCUCUGAAACCAUGUUUUGUUUAAUUACAUUGCUAAUCUUCAUGAUAUCUGUCAGUAGGACGGCACUUGUUUCCUGAAACAAACAUUACAUACUCGCAACGAUCCCGAGACACUUCACUAGUUGAAGAGAUAAAAACAUAUAUAUAUGCUUGUUUACUCAGUGACACAGAUUAAUACUUCUUUUCCUUGGCCUUCUUCUAAUAUCUUAAUUUCAAAUACGUCAUCAGUUAUUUUAACCAAAUCUCCGUAAAGAAAAAUCAUGUGAAAUAAAAUGCAAACUCGUUCUUUAAUUUACCAGUAAAAUCUGGUAUUAAAUAAAUUACCCCUAAAUACAAACCCGGUGCGCGGUGGCAGCACUGUCGAACAAGAACAUAAUUUUCUUAUUUCUUAAACUGUUGUAUUGUCAUCCUCUCGUUGAAUCA